CCACACACUAUCAUUGCAACAUUAAAAUCAAGCCAAAAAUGUUAUAAUGCAUUAAUUGGUGGUUUUAGUUUGUUGUUCCUAUAUUCAUUCGGCUGUUUUGUUUUUUUCUCGACUUAAUAACAUUUUUUACUAGAUUAAAGAGUUGUUAUGUUAAGAUGAGUGUAUUGCUUAUUUUACAUAUGUUGUUACUUUUGUUACCCGUGGUUUGUUUAAGCUCUAAAAUGGUUGUUUCAUCAAGUGUUGAGACUUCAAGUGUUGUCGAGGGGAGUGUAAACAUAAACGGGACGACUUCCAUUGGUUUCAUUGAUGAAGACUUCAUAUGUGCAACUUUAGAUUGGUGGCCACAAGAAAAAUGUGAUUAUGGAAGUUGUAGCUGGGGAAAUGCUUCUCUUCUCAAUCUGGACCUAAACAACCAAAUCUUGUUUAAUGCAAUCAAAGCCUUUUCUCCUUUGAAAGUUAGAUUGGGUGGGACUUUGCAAGACAAGGUGAUGUACCAAAGGAUUGGAGAUCAGGGACCAUGUGACAACUUCACCAAAAACACUAGUCUGAUGUUUGGCUUCACCAAUGGUUGCUUGACCAUGUCAAGAUGGGAUCAACUCAACAUUUUCUUUAAAAAUUCCGGGGCAAAGGUUGUGUUCGGUUUAAAUGCUCUAACAGGCCGACAAAUCGGCUAUGAUGGUACAACGUUUGGAUCAUGGGACUUGAGCGAUGCAGAAGCUCUUAUAAGAUACACUGUGAACAAUGGCUAUGUUAUUUAUGGUUGGGAACUUGGAAAUGAACUGAGUGGAAGGGGGAUUGGAACAAGUGUCGCAGCAAAACAAUAUGCAUCGGAUACAAUUUCCCUUCAAAAUUUAGUGCAAAAGAUAUACAAUGGAUCUCAAGAAAAACCGAUAGUUCUUGGCCCUGGGGGAUUCUUUGAUGCAAAUUGGUUCAAUGCGUAUGUAACACACGCCGCGGGUUCUCUCCAAGUGAUCACUCAACACAUUUAUAAUCUUGGUCCAGGUGUCGACGCUCAUUUGAUUGAAAAGAUACUCAACCCAUCAUAUCUUGAUGGAGGAUCACAACCAUUUAGAGAUCUUCAAAACAUUUUGAAGAAAUCCGGAACUUCUACAGUUGCUUGGGUGGGUGAAGCUGGUGGUGCAUAUAAUAGCGGUCGUAACCUUGUCACAAACGCUUUUGUAUUUGGCUUUUGGUACUUGGAUCAACUUGGGAUGGCAUCUACAUAUAAUACGACAACAUAUUGUCGACAAACAUUGAUAGGAGGAAACUAUGGACUUCUCAACACUACCACAUUUGUCCCAAAUCCUGAUUACUAUAGUGCGCUUCUUUGGCAUCGGCUAAUGGGAAGACAUGUUCUAUCAACAAAUUUUAGUGGCACAAACAAAAUACGUUCAUACGCUCACUGCUCAAAGACUUCGACGGGGAUCACGUUGCUAUUGAUCAACCUAGACGAUAUUAAAACAACAAAUGUCGGGAUUUCUUUUAUAAACACCAUUAAAAUAAUGACACAAACAACAAAAAAAGAACCGAAGCAAACAAAAAGAACAAAGUUCUCUAAAAUGAUACGAAACCCUAAAGUUGAUGAGGUUAUAAGAGAAGAGUAUCAUCUAACAGCAAAGAAUGGAGAUUUGCAUAGCCAAAUUGUAUUGCUAAAUGGGAAGGAAUUGGUUGUAAAUUCAUCAGGGAUUAUACCUUCAUUGGAUCCGAUAAAACAAAACUUCUCAAGUUCAAUUAAUGUUGCUCCUUACUCCAUUGUGUUUGUUCAUAUACCUAGUGUACGUUUUCCUGCAUGUAUUUGA